CGGGAUACCUUGGUUUACCCACCUAGGUGCCUUGCCUACCAUAGCCAGCCAACUUAUCGGGAACUAGAUAGUAGGCGAAUACCUGCAUGCAAAAGUUGACUCCAUGCUUGAUCUAUUACUGCUAGGUCAGAGGCACAUGUAUGGAAGCUUGUACGGCCUGGUUCUCAUGUCACUUCAUGAACGAAGAGGCUUAAUGUGCCGCGCUGACGCUCAACAGACCUCCGCAUCGGGUGUUUGAUGUCCCAUGCGUAGAUGUAGCCAUUUCAGGCACACAGGGGAUGCAAACUGUCCUUCUCUGGAUGUUACAUUUUCUCUGAUUAUCUUUCUUCCCUACAUGCCAUUUUGCGGUACAAUCGCAUUCUCGGGCAGGAUCCUACAGAUGCAUGUACGUACCUGUACAAUAGAUGCCCAAUUGAACAUUUCUGGAAAUGGAUUCAAAGGCGACAUUCACAAAUGAGGGAGCUCCCUCAGAGGCAGGGAGUGUGGGAAACACAGUCAUUUCAGCCUCGGCAAAGCCGAUGAAACUCCAAUUGCCAGCAAGCUGUGACCCGCCACCGCCUCAAGGUCCAACUAAGGAGCUUGUUUGGAUUGUGUUCGGGGGCACCGGCCACAUGGGCCGAUCGCUCGUCAAAUGCGCACUAUCGCACGGCGACAGCGUCACUACCGUCGGGAAGAGGUUCGAGUCCACUCCGGAGGAUAUGGUGCAGCAACACGAGAGAUGCAUGGGAGCACUCUGUGACGUGCGCAUCCGCGAAACCGUUGAACGCGUUGUCGAGAGGACAAUUGAGCGUUUUGGCCGGGUGGACGUCAUUGCAAACUGCUCCGGUUACGGUGUCAUUGGGGCCUGUGAGGACCAGGAUGAACAUGAAAUUCGGAAUCAGUUCGAGACCAACUUCAUGGGAACACUGCACAUAAUCCAGGCCAGCCUCCCUUACUUUCGCCAGCAGGCUGCUGGUCGGUAUUUGAUAUUUAGCUCUACUGCCGGUGCCCUGGGUGUGCCGGGCCUGGGCCCCUACUGCUCGACCAAGUAUGCCGUCGAGGGCCUGAUCGAAGCGAUGCUCUACGAGAUCGACUCAUUCAAUUUGAAGGCCACCUUGGUCGAGCCGGGUCUCGUGAGGCGUGAUGAGCCAGACUCACAAACAAAUCCUCUUCCUACUUGGGGUCAUUUUCUGAUCCGUCCGGCGAGCGAUCCGUAUCUGGAUCCCACAUCACCAGCGCUCCAUGCGAUGCGCAUGGUGCAGUGGCUCGGGGACAGACAGCCCACAAGCGCCGUCAAGUGCGCCGAACUCGUCUGGCAACUGGGCCACUGUUCAUAUCCACCCCUACGCCUACUCCUUGGAAACUACGCAAUCGAAAGUAUUCGCGACCGCUUGCGGUCGGUGACAGAGGAGCUCGAGGACUGGAAGCACCUCAACUUCCCAGCACCACCUGACGUUUCGGAUACGCAGGAGAAUGACCAAGAAAAAAACGAAAGGACCGACACAGAUAAGGAUGGUGACAAGGCUGGAGGAAGUAUGGAAGAGAAGAUGGAUGAUGCUGUGGAGGAUCGACUUGAUGCGAUGGACGAGGAGAUGGUAGAUUUCCCCGGUUAGUCCAAGUCCAAGAAGGCACAGCCAAACAAGCAUAAAAAGCCAUGCAAAUAUUCGUCAAACAUAGUUCCCACGACGUUGUGAUACUGAGGAUCUACUGAAAUAUUGCAAAAAAAAAAAAAAAAAAAGGCAA